UGACUAAACAUGUUAUGGUGCUUCAUAAUGCAUAUCGGCUUUAUCUAUUCAUUUAAUUUAAUAAGAGUAAUUGUAACUAAUACUAACUAACGCGCGUGCAAUCGUGGUAUAAAAGGAGACGCUUUCCUCUGUCAUUCUGUUUAUAAAAAAUGGCAGAAGAAUUACCAUCCGCGAUUCCGCAAUCGCAAGGAAGCUCCAUGAAGAAACGGCCUUCGAAGAAAGACAAACUAUGGCUGGAGGACUAUCUCCAUCUCCUUCAUUCUCGCCAAACGCUUCACCUAACAGUCAAUCAACUUAACCAGGUCAUCCGCAUUCACGGCUUCAAGAAAAUCCACCACGCUCCCAAGAAGGUGCUAGUCGAGGCGGUGGAGUCGCUGGAUCUUGUAGAUGUGCCGCGUUCGACCAUGCGUGACAGCGUGUCGGCGUUUGCGGCGGUGGCAGUGGAGGACGUGUUGGCAGAUUUGGCAGAGCUCAAAUGGCAAGAGUGCUGCGAAACCUCCGUCGAGAGAAUCAGUUUCUCCGAAGGAAAGAGCGUGUUGCCUACUUCAUCUGAUGAGAGCUUUCGUGUCACGAGCCAGUCAAAGAGGAUGGACAAAAUCCGUGACUUAAUACCUGAAGAUUCCCGGAGAAGCCUGAAACCGACAAAAAUGGUGCCAAAGCGUAAGAGGAGUAAGGUUGCCUCAACUUUAGAUUCCGCUUCUCUCGCUUCCUGCUGAGUCAAUGAAUGAAAUUGGUCUGUAGAUAUGAGUAA